AUGGGAACUGCCUGCUCUUUGAAUCAAUAAUCCAUAGAAUUAUCACCUCAAAUAAUAUUAGAUCGCUUUGAACUUAGAGCCUACCCAUUUUAAUGCAAUGCUAAACUCUAUACUCAUUGCCCUACUAGACAGGAAAUUUCUAAAUUUUUAGUAUAAUAAUCUAAGGAGUUCAUUGAUGAAGAAUAGCCAUCCGAUUCUGGUGAGUCUUUUUUGGAAGAUUCUCACAAAAGAACAGAAUCUUAAAACACAUAAAGAAAUAGUUUAGAUUUCUCAAUAAAUAAAACAGAAAUUCAUAAAAAAGGUAUUCUCAGAAAACCUCAUUCUUUAAAAACGAUAAGUCAAAAAUCGGUUUAAUAAAGACAAAAAAAGAAGGUUCAUUUUUAAAAGUCUAAAUUUGUUAAUAUGUGA